UUUUAUCAUGAAAAUGAAGUCUAUAAACAAGAUUACUUUAUUAAGUCACCACCUCCUCAGCUUUUCUUCUCUUCAACCUCUUGGAAAAAGCGUUUUUUUAUUCUGUCAAAAAGUGGAGAAAAGGACCUUAGUCUUUCCUAUUACAAAGACCAUCAUCACCGAGGCUCCAUCAAAAUUGAUCGAAGCUCCAGCGUAGAAGUUGGAAUAAAUAACCAGGAAAAGAUGCAAUCUGUGCAGAAGAUGUUUAAAUGCCACCCUGAUGAGGUGAUGUCCAUCAGAACCACGAGCAGGGAUUACUUCCUCAUUGGCCAUGACAGUGAGAAGAUUAAAGAUUGGGUCUCCUUCAUGGCAUCAUUUUUCUGGGAUAUAAAAGCAGCUCAUCAGAAUACAGAGGAGAAAUCCUCAAGGGGUGACAAAAGGCCUGUUUCUGACCCCAGCCCUUUCGUUGGUCCUUCCAGCACAUUGGAGGCUGUGGGCCCUGCCUCACUGAGGACCAGUCUUCCAGAUCAUUCAAUGAAAAGAUAUUCUACAGAAUUCAGACAAGCUCAUCUUCCUCAUGAUUUCUUAUCAGAGACCAUGCAAGAUGAAGAAGAAGACAGUUGUUAUCUUAGUCCUCGAAGCAUUUCCUCUUGUCUUUAGUUGGAGAAUAUUGAGUCCAAUGAUCCUGGUGACUUCAUUGACGCCAGUAGGCCAGAUCAGGGCUCCAAGAGAGCGGAGUGCUAUUACAUGUCAAUGAAAUCCUGUUUUUUCAAAGAAACACCCCAUGUGUCUGUUGAUUGCCAAGAUGAACCCCAGAUCUUUCCAGAGAACCAAGAAGAGGGGCUUCACCUGCAAGAACAAGGCUCAGAAAGUGACUUGUGUCUUUCACCUGCCAAUCCAGAAGCACAGAACACAAAUGAUAAAAAGGGGUCGGCCUCACUAACUGUUGUGAAGUUGUCUAUAUUACUCAAUAACAUCUCUGAUGAAAACCAAGUGGAGACGUUGCACGUGUUUCUUUUUCCUCCUGAUGUCAUAAACUAUCUUGCUCUCAUAGAAGCCGCAGGACGGAUAUGUGUGGCUCACUGGGAAGGCCCAUCCCAUCUGGGAUGCUUAUUCUGCCAUGGAGAUCAUGUUUUGGCUGUGAAUGACCUGAAGCCCCAGAACCUGGAGGAGGUGUCCUUGUUUCUCACCCGGUCCAUCGAGAAGAAGAAAGUAAAACUCUCCAUUGGCCGGAUCCAAAAUUCAGAGAAAUUCCACACUAUCCCCUGUUCUUGCCCCUUAAAAUAUCAAGGAGUUUCACCUGUCCAGCAAGAAAAGCCAGACAGGACACCAAAGAGGAGUCCAGCUAUCAAGAAGAGCCAGAAGGAGGUGUCAGGAGAGUAA